AUGGCCAAGAAAGCCGCCGCCGACUCAUUCCGGUCCGAGGAAGCUGGCUCGGACCAGGCUUCUCUGCUGAAGCAAGACCAACAGAAGCAAGCGAUGUAUCUGGCGCAAGAGACGGGCCACUUCAGUCUCGUCAAGGCCAUGCACCUUGCAGACGCCAUCACGCUCCUCAACGGACUGUCUGGGUUCAUGUCCAUAUUACAUUCAAUGAAGUACAGCGCCGACAGUGCCGUUGCAAGACCAGCCAGCAUGUCUAAUUUGUGGCUCGCUUUCGCGUUCAUCCCGCUCGGCCUACUAGCGGAUCUGUUCGACGGCAAGGUAGCAAGAUGGCGGGGAAAGUCGAGCUUGAUGGGUCAGGAGCUGGACUCCCUCGCUGAUUUGGUCACAUUCGGCGUUGCACCCGCAGCAAUCGCAUUCUCUGUCGGCUAUCGCACCGCUGUGGACCAACUUCUACUCACCUUCUAUGUGCUGUGCGGUCUCACGCGUCUGGCACGGUUCAAUGUCACGGUACAGAUGCUUCCCAAGGACAAGACUGGCAAGAGCAAAUACUUCGAAGGGGUGCCCGUACCAUUUGCAUGCUUCACGUCAUCUACCUUUCUGGCGUACUGGUCGUACACGGGUCAGAUCGGCAAGGUGAUACCAUAUGGCACAAGCUUGACAGGAUCGAUAUUGGAGUUUCAUCCUACGGUGCUCAUUUACGUGGUCUGCGGGAUUCUGAUGGUCAGCAAGACUCUCAAGGUGCCCAAGCCUUAG